UAGUGAUAUCGGAAGUUUGGUGAUUGGAAUUUCAAAAUAAUUUACGACAAAUAGCAAAAAGCAAUUCAUAUUCAUGAAAGGAAUUUUAAUUCGAAAGUCUUAGCCGGAAGUGAUUUUUAUGUUGUGGUUCUUGACAGUAGUGGUAUCUUGACUAAAGGCGAUUGAGGCCUGCAGAGUUACUCGAUAGAAACGUUUUAGUUUCAUAUAGUUAUAGUUUUAUAUUUUCAGUUGCUAUGAGCCUGCAGGUUAAAGACUCCGACGUUGCUGAUACAGUCGAGAAGCUAAAGCAGAAAUAUUUGGACAGGAGGAAACAGUUGCCCCCCUCAGAAGACACUGCCUCGGGAACCAGUGAUGAGGCAGUACAAAGGCUCAUUUUGGCCAGCAGAUCCAAGCAGCCGAGCAAAGAGUUCAAAUGCUACAGCAAAGCUUUACACGAACUGUUCAACGCAGUUACCAACCAUCCUGACCAGUUUGGCAGUGAUUGUAGUCUGCAUGGCAGUAAUGACGACCUGAGUGGGGAGUCUCAGGUGCUGUAUACAGAAACAGAUGUGACCUUGCCUUCCUGUCUGGAUGGUAGCCCUGGGUCCCAGGAAACUGAGACUGACGGGAAGUUUCAGAGAGCUCCUCAACUCCAUGACUCAUGCCGUUCCUCUUCCUUAGUACUAGUAAAGGUGUACCAGGAGAUGAUGACCAUAUAUGAACAACUAAAGGCAGAGCGUCAAAGCCAGCAGCAGUGGGAGAGGGAGCUGCAGGAGCGAGAGAGGAGGCUGAAGCAACAGGAAGAGGCUUUUGGGAGUCUGGCCGGGCUGGAGGAGAUGGUACGCACCGGCAUGCUGGCUGUAGAGGAGAAACACCAGCAAGAGUUGAGCCAGCUGCAGGAUCUUCUUCGAGAGAGGAGCAAAGAGAACAGGAGGCUGAAGUCCAGCUUUGACACCAUCAAGGAGCUUAAUGACAGUAUGAAGAAGCAGAUAAAUGAGAUCAGUGAACAUAAUAAGAAGUUGGAGAGCCAGUCCAAGAGGGCGCAGGCCCGACUUGAGAACUUACAGCGGAAAUACGAGUACAGCAUAGCAUCGAGAGCAUGUCAGAAAAUUAGCACAGAGUGUAUUAAACCAUCCAAAAAGGAGAAAACUGCUGCCUCUGGAAAACCCAGCAACAAGGACAGCUCCAUUUCCACCCCACUAAAGCUCUUGGCCCUCUUACUGGACUGGACACUUGAUGGACAGAAGUUCUCAUCAGUAGCAACAAACGAAGGGAACAGGGUUGGCCAGUGUCUGCCUCCAGAAGUCAUACUCAAUGAGAGAUGCCUUAAGGUGCUGCCGUUAUUAGCAGAUCAGCUUCAUCACACUCCACUGUCAGAACCUGACCUCCUCCUCAACCUUCUUCGCCUCAUCCACUGGGCUUUGAGACACAUGGACAGCAGUUCACAGCAUGUAGCACUAUCUGCCACUCUGCGGCGGAUCGGAGAGGAAGUAUCAAAGCCCCCAGCCCAGUUAACAGCGCCUCACGAUCCAGACCUGCCCUCCUGCAGGAGCCGACCCCUUUACCGCAGCCCCUGUUCCCACACACGCAUCCUCUCCACCCUCAUCAUCUUUCGGACUGUCACACAAGCUGAUGUGCUGGCCCAGGUUCUAGACAGUCUUCAAACCGAGCUGAUGUCUGAGGAGAGCCGAGGCCUUUUCAUCCACUAUGGAGGAGUGUGUGUGCUGCUGUCAGUGCUUCGGGCUGGCCGUGGAGGUCUGCAAACACCUGUAGACAUCCUGAUACAGCUAACUGAACAGUCCUGCUACUUAAAUCCCUUCCUGGAGGCAUGUAGCUGUGAGGAGUUUUUCCGAACAGCCGCCCAGCUUCUUAAAAACCCUCGCUUGGAGCUCCCAUCGCUGGAGAAGCUAUCCAUCCUUCUCCAGAAGCUCUCCAGCAUCAGGAAGAACCGUCGACUGUUUGAACUGACCUCCCUCCACCUCCAAAUACAAGAACUUAAUCACAAAACCAACCACACAAGCACCUUCCUCUGCCUUAACCUGAGAGCCAUCCUCCACAACCUCAAAUAACACACACACACACACACACACACACACACAUUUACAUGUGUUUCUAUGCCUUAUGCUGGAUUCAAGGUCUCUUAAAAAAUUCAGACUUCCCAGUUGGGAAGAAGAUGACUUGCCUUGUACUUCAGUACUUGAGCACGUUGUUUGGUCUUCCAUGUGUGCUCAGACUAUAAUUACCAUAUUUCUAACUGUACAGUACUUCAAGGCUCCACACUGCUUUGCCUCAAAUAACAUAUGCAGACGCACAGUCUUUAUUUAUAUAGUGUGAUGUGUUUUUGAAGUUCUUUUGUCUGUCAGAAGUAUUUCUUUUAAUAUUGUGUAUGUUUUGCACUUUGUGAUCCGUCUGUUUUUAUGUUCCACAAUGUUAAUCUGAUGUCUUGAUG